AUGGAGGCAGAAAGCAAGGGAUGCGUGGCACUGAGAGGAGGGAGGAGAAGGGAGGAGAGGAACGAUGGGAGAAGGGAGAAGAGGAGGGAGCGGAGGAGGGAGCGGGGGAGGGAGGGGAGGAAGGAGGAGAGGGAGGAGAGGGAGGAGAGGGAGGAGGAGGCAGGAGAAGAGCAACGGGUGGAAGAAGGAGAGGAGGCAGGAGGCAAGGGUGCAUAUCCCGACUUGCCGUCCGGUGAUGUGCCAUACAGUGACGACCUGCCAUCGAACGCCUAUUCGUACUCAGAUGGUGGAGAGGGUUUUGACUCGGACGUGGACAGCGAGGAGGAGAUGGAGUCGCUGUUUCUCGACAGCACACUGGCGGAUGACUGGCCGCUGUAUGGCGUGUGCAUGGAGGGCAUGGCUGGCUUGGCAGGCCGUGGGGCAGCAGGGGGAGGAGGAGGGACGCCCACUCAGUACUCCUACUCGUACUCGGAUGGCGGCGAGGGCUUUGGAUCGGAUGUGGACAGCAAGGAAGAGAUUGAUUCAUCGGAUUGUUCCUCCACAGCACUCUGGCUGAUGACUGCCCACUCUAUGGCGUGGCCAUGGAGGCUAUGGCUGGCCGUGGGGCAGGACCAACAGCAGUGGGAGGAGGAGGGACGUUUGCUCAGCCUCUCGCCCUCCGAGUGGCGCAACAACAGCAGCAACUACCGACGAAAGGGCUGGCAAAACCGCUCGCACAACCAGAGGCAGUUCAAGUGCCCAGUGUGCGCGGGCGGCAAGGGCGAGACAGAGUGGUGGGACGGCGUGCGGGCGCUGCUGCAGCACGCGCUGAGCAUCAGGAGUAGGAGGAUGAAGGAGCACCGCACGUUUGCUGCUGCUCUCGGGGAGAGGAUGAAGGAUAAGGGCUCGGGGCUGGUGAUGCUUGGCGGGGGAGUGGUUGGAGGGGACGCCGGGGGUGGAAAGGGAGGGGGAAAAGGGGAGGGUGGUGGGCGAGGGGGAGAAAGGGGGAGGGGAGAGGGGAGUGGAGGGGAGGGUUGGAGUGCGGAGGGAGGAGGGAUGCACAGAUGUGCUGCAGCAAGAGUGGUUGCACCAGCAGGAGGGGUUGCACCAGCAGGAGGGGUUGCACCAGCAGGAGCAUCAACAUCAUUACCAUCGCUGCAAGCGUUAUCAGCAGGAGCAGGAGCAGCAUCGGUGCUUCUGGGGAGUCCCCCUGUGAAUCAAUGGAGGGGGUUGGGGGGCGCACGGGCCAAGGGGGGGAAGAAGGGCAACGAGAGUGUGGUGUGGCCGCCCGUGGUGGUGGUGCGCAACACACACCUGUGCCCGGACGAGGAUGGAAUGUGGGUGGGCAUGGGCAGCUUGGAGCUCCGCCAGCAGUUUCCGGAAUGCAAUCUCAUCACCAAGGCCAAGAACGCCUUGGAGCUCCGUCAGCUGUUCCCGGACCGCAACCUCAUCACCAAGGCCAAGAAAGCCAUCAGUAACCCUCUCGCAACCCCUCACCUUCCUAUCCAAGCACCUCCCUCAAUCCCUUCUACCCAGGGCCACCGGGAAGCAAGUGUGUUGGUGUUUGAAGCAUUAGAAGACAGGCUGCUGCAGUUGGAGCAGCUCUGCGAGCUCACUCCCCGCUCCCUCUACUUGCCCCUUCCUCCUUCGCCUCUCCUUCAGAGCCAUAGGGGUGUGAGUGUGUUGGUCUUUGAAGCAUCAGUAGACAUGCUGCCCGCAGGUGUUGUGUGCCAUAGUAACGAGGUGACUUCUGAGGCGACUCAAAAAUCUAAGUGUGUUGGUGUUUGGAGCAUCAGUAGACGGGCUGCUGCAGGUGGAGCAGCUCUGCAAGCUCUAGCCUCUCACACCAUUCUAACCCCUUUACCCCCUUCCCAGCCACCCCCCCGGGGCCACUGCGGCAGCCACGGGGGACUAAGCGUGCUGGUGUUCGAGGCAUCAGUGGACGGGUUACUGCAGGCGGAGCAGCUGUGCGAGCUCUUCCAGGCGGACGGCAAGGGUGGGCAGGGCGUGCUGGUCUUCGAGGCAUCAGUAGACGGGCUACUGCAGGCGGAGCAGCUGUGCGAGCUCUUCCAGGCGGACGGCAGGGGGCGGCAGGGCUGGAUCCGCCGGACGGCGUCCUCACUAGUGGACAAAAGCGGCAAGCGGAACCUGUUUGCUUACAUGGCACAGGAGGGUGACGUGGCAGAGUUUAAUAGGCACACCAAAGGGAAGGCGCAGCUGAGAGUGGAUGUGAAGAAGCGGUACGCAGUGGUGGAUGAGCGGUUGAGAGCGGUGCGAGAAAGGGCUGCCCAAGCCCCCAAUCUAGAGGCUACUGUUGCCAUGAUGUCUCAUCGAAUCGUGUCGGGACAAGUGGCAGCGUCUCAGCUCCAGGCGGAGCUAGAGCAGGCCAAGGAAGCCAACAGGAAGCUUCUGGCGAUGCUGGAGGGUGCCUGGCCUAAGUACCCUCAGCAGCAGUGGGCAUCUGCUAAAGCAGCCCCAGUCCAGCAAAUGCCGAGUAAAUCCCAAGUAACAGUACAGGAUGGGUGGGGGGAGCAAGCAGCUGUAACGGAUGAACACUGUGCAGGUGCUGCAGCUGUUACGGAUGAACACUGUGCAGGUGCUGCAGCUGUAACGGAUGAACACUGUGCAGGUGCUGCAGCUGUAACGGAUGAACACUGUGCAGGUGCUGCAGCUGUAACGGAUGAACACAGUGCAGGUGCUGCAGCUGUAACGGAUGAACACUGUGCAGGUGCUGCAGCUGUAACGGAUGAACACUCUGCAGGUGCUGCAGCUGUAACGGAUGAACACUGUGCAGGUGCUGCAGCUGUAACGGAUGAACACUGUGCAGGUGCUGCAGCUGUAACGGAUGAACACUGUGCAGGUGCUGCAGCUUUAACGGAUGAACACUGUGCAGGUGCUGCAGCUGUAGCAGUGCACCAUGGGUGUGGAGACCAAGUAGGGGUAACAGCCGUGGAUUGUGUUACGGGACAGCAGCACACAGAGGAGGAGCAGUGUGAGAGGGAGCAGAGGCAUGCGAACGAGCUGCAGACGCCUGGGAAGGAGACGGAGGAGAUUAAGAGCCGGGUACAGGUAGAGGAGAGAGCGACUGCAAGGGAUGAGGAGGCUUUGGAGGCACGUCUGGUGGAGGUGGCAUCUGGGGUGGGCGUGAGUGGGGAGAUUUCUGAGUCGACUCUAGGAAAGUCAUUAAGGGAGGAGCAGGGGGUGAAGGCGCGUCUGGUGGAAGUGGCAGCUAGGGUGGGCGCAAGUGAGCAGGAGGUGCUGGCGCUGUGGCAGACGGCAGUGGAGGCAGAGCAGAGGCACUGGAAUGAGUCUAGAGGCUGCUUUGAACAUGCAGCAGCAGCAGGUGGAGGGGCGAGCCAAUGCAACUGCCCUCCCGUGCUGCUCUCACCUCCGCGUUCAUCCCUCUCCCGCCCAUCCAAUCCCUGCCAGCUGGACGGACUGGAGGCGGCGUUUGAUGUGCAGCAGCAGCAGGUGGAGGAGCGGCUGCAGGUGCUGGCAGGGAGGGAGGUGGAGUGGCGGAGGAGGUGGCGAGAGGCAUAUAUCUGGGGCGCGAUCAAGAGUCUAGAUGGAAGCUGCGAGGAAGCAGUGGAGUAUAGUCAGCAGCUGCAGAGGCUGCAGGGGGAGCAUCAGAGCGCCAAGGCGGAGGCCUUCAGGCGGCACAGGGAGGAGGCACUCGCUCUCGACCGAGCCUUCGAGGCCCGGUGGGCCCAGCUGCUGGCUCGGCAGGAGGCUCGGGUUGGGAUGUCCAAAGCUGAGGCCGUGUGUGGCGAAGAGUGGUGGGACAAUGUCAAAGGGGAGGGGGGAGGGGAGGAAGCGGCGUGUGCUAGGGGGGAGUGGUAA